ACAACAGAGGGAGCUACUGUCAAAAUCAUGCUGUUUCCCCGUUUCACGUUAUUUUUCUUCUCCAUGGUUUCUGCUUACAAACCUGUUGUUUUGGUACAUGGGGUUUUUGGCACCGCCGACGGAGAAUUCAGUCAGACCUUUGAUAAAUGGAUACCUGAUGAACAUAGUGGUACUAUUGUGUAUCCGAUACGUCUGUACGAGAAGUUUUGUAGCCUCACUCCCAUGUGGAUCCAAAUCGCUAAAAUACGACGGAAGGUAGCAGACAUUAUGGUGAACCAUUCCGAUGGCAUCCAUUUUGUGUGCUUUUCGCAAGGUGGAUUACUUUGCCGUGGUGUGUUGUCUUCAAUGAACCAUAACGUGGACACUUUCAUCUCUCUUUCCUCACCACAGGCGGGACAAUAUGGAAUUCCAGAUCCAUGGAAGAAAUAUAUCGAUUCUCUGAAACAAAAAGCCUACAGGCUUCUGUACUCGAAAUUCUUCCAAGGAAAACUGUCCAUUGCAAAUUACUGGAAUGACCCCCACCAUCAGGAUCUUUUCCGGAAAUAUUCCGUGUUUCUAGCACCUCUAGACGGUACGACACCAACAGCUAACUUAACAGAAUACAGAAGAAAUUUUCUGAAACUUCGGAAAUUAGUUUUGAUUGGCGGGCCAAAGGAUGACGUCAUCAGACCUUGGCAAUCCAGUCACUUUGGUUUUUAUGACGACAAAGAAAGUGUAGUAGAAAUGAAAAAGCAGCAGUUCUUUAUGAAAGACGAUUUUGGAUUGAAAACACUUUACACGAAGGGAAGGGUUACGACCUUCACUUUCCCAGGAAUUCGUCACUCACAAUGGUACACCAAUCGAACAGUAUUCAACAAGGCAAUACUGCCAUUCUUAACAUAGGAUAAGGAUCAUAUGCACCAAGAGAGUCAGUGGACAUAUAACGAAAAUAUUUCUUUCAUCCCAAAAAUAAAACAAGCAAACAAAAACCACCACCACCCUCAAAAUACAGCUUAUUGUUUAGUUUACUAAUUGAAAACUUUUACCGUUGGGUUUUCUUUCCAGUACUCACUCUAAGAAUGCAGUGUGUGAUAUUUUAUAAAGUGAUAUGCGAUAUAUUGAAUGUUUUAAGAA